UUUAAUUGGUUGUGUUACCUCUGUAAUGGAAGGUUUUGAACCUUCCCCAAGUGACUGGAUAGAAGCUGAGGUUUCCAUCCAUCUAUCCACCUACAGCAGAAAGGCAAUCUCCAUGAAGCCUCUGAGACAUAAGCACGUGCAUGAGGUCUUCAUCACUAGUUUCUGUGGAAGAAAUAGGGUGAUAGGUGAUAGUAUCUUUUUCACCUUGGAUUCUCUGAAACUUCCUGAUGGAUACAUACCUCAAAGAUCUGAUAUCAUCAAUGUGGUCAUGGUGGAGAGCAUGCAGUUGUGCUAUCUUUGGAGAGCGAUUCCUAUGACCCUAGUGAAAAGGCUGUAAGAAGAAAUCACUAUGUUUAUGCCUAUGCAGCAUUUCCUCUCUUGGCAGAAAAUGGCCUCAUUUAAAUGUGUUUUUUAAAAAAUAGCUUAGCAAACCUCAACAUUUUAUUUCAAAUACAACUUUUCAAAUCCUGGGUAGGUUGGCUAAGAGGAUGUAUCUUCUGGAAAGUGUUCAGCAGUUUUACAAUUGAUUAAAGAGAAUUUCAUCAUAA